AUGGAUCAGUCUGAGUCCCCGGAAGAUGUCAAGAUGACUAAGAAGCUGCUAGCUGGCAUCAACUCUGCCAUCGCCAGAGCCAAGGCAUCAUGCAUAACAAGUCGUGAGACUUCCGUACACGUUCGGCAUACUCGUCGUGCUGUUGAAAGCUACAAGGUAGCAAAAGAGCAUGCAAACUCACUUGCAUCCACUGUCGAAGAGCAUGACCUCGCGCUGCAUGAGCGAGUCGCUCACCUACAACAACUUCGGGAAAUGGUGGCCAACAACUACUCUUCGGUGCAGAGAAACGAAGACGGUCACCCGCUCCUACUUCCUAUUUCUCGCUCAUUGAACCUGAAAUUCACCACCUUCACCACAAGCGUGCCGGUAUACCAUACCCAGAUGUUGGCACACGUGAACUGCCUCCUAGAGCCUGUGCCGACUUUGCUCCCAACCCACACUGGCGUGUUGCUGUGGCUUUCAAGUCUUUUGGAGUAUGCAACAAAAGACUGA